AUGUAUAAAUUAAACACAAUACAAGGACAUUAAUUUUUCAAUUUUCAGGCUCCCUUAAAUUACUUUUCAAAAAGAAAACUCUUUCAAUUAGCCAAUGAAAUAAAACCAAGAAAAAUAGAUUCUCUAGGUAGAGUAGUUAUUUCUUCAUCUCUCCCAAAAGGUUUUUGGUUCAGAGAUUAUGAUGCAGUAAGAACAGUCAGUAAAAGCUUGAAAGAAAGUCGUCCUAAUAAUCACAGAAUAUAGAAUCCUAUUUAUUUUAAGAGAAGAGAUAUUUAAGAACAUUUACAAAACUACACAAUAAGAGCAAGUACUCCAAAUCCAUCAAAAAAAUGGAGAAAAUAUCGUAAUUUAAUAUUGAACAACAAUAAUCAUAUAAGAGAGUAAAUAAAAUAAAAAUUUUAAGAGACUCUUAACUUAUUGAUUCCUAAUUGUUAAUUAUCACCUCCAAAGAGUAAACGUAGUUCAUUCAUGUACAUGUAAUAAUAACAAUAUUUACUUGAACUUCAAACAGGUUAAAAAUCAAAAUUAAAACAUAUAAGUAGACAACCAUCAAAUAGAAAGGAUGAAAGUAUGAGAUCUUUAGAUAGACAUUUCUAAGAUAUUAAUUGUGCAUAAAGCAAUUUCAAUCAUUCCUAUAUUUAAGAAAAAUUGAUUACAUCAAAUCAAAUUACUCCCAGAAAUAGAUUCUUUAAAGAUUGCUUCAGAUUAUAUGGAAUAGAUUCUUAAGUACAACCACCAAAAAAUAAAUUGAUUUUUACUGACUCUGUUUAAUUAGUAGAAUCUUAAGAAACUAGAUGUGAUAAAAUUGAACUUAUUUAAAGUAAUCGUGACAAAUACAGCUAAAAAUACAUUCCUUUAUUAAAUUUAAUUAAGAAACAAAGAAAAAAGAACUUACAAACUAAAAUAGCAUCUCCAAAGUAUCCUAAAUUAAACACUUCAAAUCCAAAAGAUAAUAGAAUUGUUAAUAUUUAUUUUCCAUCUCUUAAAAAAAUUAAUCUAAGGAAUCACUCUUGA